UGCUCCGAUUGCACCAAAUUUGGGCAAUCUUCCAUCUUUAGCCAAAUUUUUGCUGCUUCACUUUCAUACUCUCUAAUCCACACCAAACCAUGGCAGCAGACGAAGAAAACACUUCUUUGCGCACCGAUGAACAAGGAUUGUUCGGUGACAGCAGUGGUGACGAAGAAAUGUCUGAUCUUGAAGGAGAUCAAGUCUCCGAUGUCGAUCAAAACGAGAUGCCCGAACAGGAAGAAGGACUGGAGGAGGAUAGCGCCGAAGCGUCCCAGUUGAACGAACCAUCAGCAGCAGACACUGCGGCCCACACUGCUGCACCAAAAUUACCUUCGUUCAAAAAACGUACUCGCAACAUAUCCAAAGAAGAAAGUGACCGAUUGGAAGAAUUAAAGCGUGAAUUACGAGAAAAGAAACAGAAUGGAGGUAGAGAUGUCGAGGAGCCGGAAGAAGAAGAAGAAGUGGAUCCCCAACAAGCAUUACGAGACGAGAUUGAUCGCGAGUUCGCCAAAGCCUUGGCAAGUGGCAAAAAGAAGAGAAAGAAAGUAGACGAGGAAGAUCUGGAACGUAGCAUGGACGAAGAAUUGUCCAAUCUCCGUGAACAGAUGAAAAUUGCUGCAGAGGAAGACGCUAUUGCGAACGGGAAGAGAAAACCGGCUGUGGCUAAAUUGAAACUGCUUCAAGAAGUCGUUGGCAUGUUAACAAACAAACAUUGGCAGGACAGCAUUUUGGACAAUCAGCUGUUGGAUGCCAUCCGAUUAUGGUUGGAACCCUUGCCCGACCGCUCCUUACCAAGUUUGGACAUCCAAACUGAGAUGCUGGAUAUUUUGGACAAGUUACCUAUUGCCUCUGACCAUCUUCGUGAAAGCGGUGUUGGCAAAAUCGUCUACUUUUAUACCAAAUCUCCUCGCAUUGAAACCCCAGUGAAGCGAAAGGCGGAUCAGCUGGUAGCAAAGUGGAGCCGUUUGGUGAUCAAGCGUAGCGAAAACUAUCGAGAACGACGACACGAACUGCGAGAGUAUCGACAAGAGGACGCUGGUUAUCGACGCAAGAAGUUCCGAUCUCAACAAGCGCCUGACGAAGAGGAUGAAAAGAGAAUGCAUGUUCGAAUUCCGCAAGCGGUGGCUGCCGAUUAUGAUAUUGUACCUCAGAGCACGGUUCGAAUUGACAAAGUGAAAGCCAAGAAUGAUUCAACUUUCAGACGAUUAAAGAAUACAAUGCGAUCCAUGAAGACCGGUCCCAAACGUACUACUCCCAAGGUGUCCAUUGAAGGCAAAGGCAUGGGUAUCUAAUGUAAAUAAUCCAAAACAAUAAAAGCAAAUUACCUUGAUUAUUGAUUGUACGUACGGGGUAUCCUACGCUAUACUGUCUCAGUCU